AUGGCGCUCGGCGCAGCUUCCGCGGCCCGAGUUGCGGCUCCGGCGCUAGUCCUAUCGUCCGAUUCCGCCUCGUCGCCGCGGACCGUCAGCCCGGGCUCCUCGCUCGGCCGCCUCAGCCAGCAGUCUGGCGAGAUUCGCUGCCCGUUUUGGAGGACCCGCGCCUAUGAUGCGCUCGAGGCGGCGCUCGCGGUCGCCAACUUUGUCGCGGCGCGCCACAAGAGCAUCCUCGACCGGCAGUGGCUUCCCGGCUCCGACGCCUCGCUCUUCGCCCCGCUCGCGCUUCCCGUGCGGCCGAUGGGCGAGAAGACGCGUGGGCUGUCGGUGGAGGAGGUGAUGGCGGUGGUGCGUGAAGACAUCGAGGCGCGCGGGUACUACGUGACGGGGCGGCUGACGCAGGCCGUCUACUCGGACGGCUGCUACUUCGACGCGCCCGACCCGGACAUGCCCGUCAAGUACACGGACGCGCUUCGGGGGCUGUUCGACCCGUCCCUCUCGGCGAUCGAGCUCAUCGAGCUCGAGCGUGUGUGCGACCGCUCCUUUGUUGCCCGGUGGCGCCUCUCUGGCGCGCUCAAGCUGCCAUGCGAGGAGUGGUCCCUCUCCGCUCUCGAGGCCUUCGCCUCCACCGCGUGGCCGUCGCUCGGCGCUCCGCCCGCGCCGGAGGCGGGCGUGCUGCAGCGCGACGCCGACUUGUGGCGCAGGCUGCGGCCGGAGCCGCCGCCGCCGCGGCUGACGCGGAGAGCGGUGCCGCUGCAGCGCGGGGCGGCGAGGCUGCGGGGAGGGCUGUUUCCCCCAGAGGGGUGA